UAUCUUAUUAUUUUUUAAAUGCGCAAUUGUUUGCAUAUGCUUAUCAAAAAUACCAUAUUGUAAUCUAAAUUGUGGUUAGUUGUUAUCCGGUAUAUAGCUAUCAUAAUACGAUUUCCAGAGACGAUAACUGUAUCAAAAAGCCAAGUUUGUACUGAAGCAUAACAGCUUUCUUCGUAGCAAAUAGUUUCGCUUCUCAUUUUGCAUCGGAUACAGUUUUUCGCAGGCAGACACUUAAAAUACGUAACAAUUUUCCAUACUCGCGCCUAUUUUUUUCCUAUACAUAUAAGUGAUUGGCUUCUGCUCAUCAAUCCAUGAAGAUGGAUUCACGAUGUAACAAAUACGUUAAUUAUUGCUACUCCAAUUACGAACAAGACGGUGUCGCAGUUCUAAAAGUCGGAUCGAGUUUCGAUCCUGUAAAAUUCACGAGUGACAAAACAAUCGGCAAAAAUAACAAUGUCACUUGUUCCAUUAAACUCGAACUCAAUUCUAACUUGAAAGCGAAGUUAUCGAACAAAUCGAACAAUCCUGUGUCAAAGGAGCACCAUAAUAAAAUACCAUAUGAAGAUAAAGCUAUACGAACGACUGAAAAUUUCAUCGGAAAGUCUUGUUACAACUUAGGAGAAAAAGGAUCCGGCUUUAGACCACGAGGAGCAGUGCAAGACUUCAACACGUUGAGACGGGAGUGUCUGGCAACGGGACGAUUGUUCGAAGAUCCUGAAUUUCCGGCCGACGAUUCCUCACUGUACUAUUCCCGCAGACCGGAUAGAUACAUAGAAUGGAAACGACCAAUGGAAAUCGCGGACGAUCCUCAACUUUUCGUGGAGGGUUUUUCAAGAUUCGAUGUCCAGCAAGGAGAGUUAGGAGAUUGCUGGCUAUUAGCCGCCGUAGCAAAUCUGACCAUGCAUUCGAAUUUAUUCUUUCAAGUAGUGCCGGAAGACCAGAGUUUUGAGGAAAAUUACGCUGGAAUCUUCCACUUUAGGUUCUGGCAAUACGGUAGAUGGGUCGACGUGGUGAUUGAUGAUCGAUUGCCUACUUGCCGCGGUGAAUUGGUGUAUUUGCAUUCAGCGGAAAAUAAUGAAUUCUGGAGUGCUCUUCUGGAAAAAGCAUAUGCGAAACUUCAUGGCUCCUAUGAGGCAUUAAAGGGCGGCACAACCUGCGAGGCGAUGGAAGACUUCACCGGUGGAGUCACAGAAAUGUACCAAAUGGAUCAAACACCGCCGAAUUUAUUUAAUAUAUUAUUAAAAGCUUUCGAGAGGAAUUCGUUAUUGGGUUGUUCCAUUGAGCCCGAUCCGAACAUAGUAGAAGCUGAAACACCUCAGGGAUUGAUACGUGGUCACGCCUACAGCAUAACCCGUGUAAAACAUGUAGAAAUUCAGACACCGAAUCAGCAUGGCAUCAUACCUCUCUUGAGACUUCGCAAUCCUUGGGGUAACGAGGCAGAGUGGAACGGUCCUUGGAGCGAUCGAUCACCGGAAUGGAGGUUCAUUCCUGAUCAUGAAAAAGAAGAGCUCGGCCUGACAUUUGACGUGGAUGGCGAGUUUUGGAUGUCGUUUCACGAUUUCACGCGCCAUUUCACUCAACUUGAGAUAUGCAAUUUGAAUCCUGACUCUCUGACGACAGAUGAUAUUAGCGCUGGGAAGAAACGUUGGGAGAUGAGCGUGUUCGAAGGAGAAUGGGUUCGUGGAGUAACAGCGGGUGGUUGCAGAAACUAUUUAGAAACCUUCUGGCACAAUCCGCAGUAUCGUAUCACGCUGGAAUAUCCGGAUGACGAUGACGACAAGUGUACCGUAAUCGUCGCUUUGAUGCAGAAGAAUAGAAGGGCACAAAAAAGAAUGGGUGCCGAUUGUCUCACUAUUGGAUUCGCAAUAUAUCACUUGGAGUAUCCGGAGAGAUUGCCAAAACCGUUGGACAUUAACUUCUUCAAGUACAAUGCGUCUGUUGGACGUUCCCCAGCAUUUAUAAACUUAAGGGAAGUUACGUGUCGCUUUAAAUUACCGCCAGGUGUAUACUGCAUAGUUCCAAGUACUUUUGAUCCAAACGAGGAAGGUGAAUUUUUGCUAAGAAUUUUCUCUGAAAACAAGAACAAUAUGGAAGAGAAUGACGAAGAUGUUGGUGUCGGUGAAGUCGAUGACAGAGUACGCAAUUUUGCAGAUGAUAAGGAAAGGCAAAAUGGAAAUAGCGUUCGUGAGGAACCUGAGCAGGAUCGCAAUACCGAGAAGGUCCGCGAAUUCUUCAAGAAACUUGCUGGUGAUGAUUUGGAAGUGGACUGGAUGGAACUCAAAGAUAUUUUAGAUUUUGCCAUGAAGAAAGAAUUACUUCAGUUGGCGCAUCGUAGCGAGGCACAUACUCCCGAAACUGUUGAAGAAAACGGUUCAUUUGUCGACAUUCUCAUCUCGCUGCUGUGCGGCGUUGUUUGUAAUAAUGAACAAUACAAUAAGCCUGUAGAUACUCAUGAUAAAGGGUUCAGCAAAGAUAUAUGUCGCAGUAUGGUUGCCAUGUUAGAUGUAGAUCACUCUGGGAAACUCGGUUUUGAAGAAUUCAAGACGCUAUGGAACGACAUUAGAAAGUGGAGAGCUGUUUUCAAACUAUACGAUAGAGACGAAUCGGGAUAUUUAAGUGCAUUUGAAUUACGACAAGCGUUAAAUAGUGCAGGAUACCGUUUAAACAAUCAUAUUCUUAAUAUUUUGGUUCACCGUUAUGGCACUAAAGACGGCAAGAUUACGUUCGACGAUUACAUAAUGUGCGCUGUCAGACUCAAAACAAUGAUAGACAUUUUCCGAGAAAGAGAUCCGGAUCAAACUAAUACAGCUACGUUCACGAUGGAAGAAUGGAUAGAAAAAACACUUUAUUCAUAAUAAAAUAUAAAUAUAUAUGCGAUUUGCGAUAAUACUUCAUCUUAAAUUUACAAAUUUCUCUGAUACUAAUAUAAUGAUAACAAUCGUAAUAAGUAUUUUUUUAUGAAAAAAAAAGAAAGUAUUUUUAGAUACAUUUGGAAGAUAAUGUGCAUAUGUUUAAAUCUAUUAAUUUUCUUCUCUUCAAUCAUUGUUUUUGAGUAAGGAAACAUUAACAUUUAAAUGUCUGCAGCCCAUGUUCAAAUAAAGCCAUCUUUAUCUCCUUAACUGAAACAUUCGUUUGAUAGGCAAACAUUUUACAAAUAUUUAUCACUAUGAACAAAUACAUAUCUUAUAAUGAUUUUACAAUUUUUAUUUUUAUUUGUACAGUUUUCAUGAUAAUAAUUCUUAAUACUUAAUUUUUUAACUGGGAAAACAAUUAAAUGCGUUAAGAAUGAAAGUAGACGAAAAAUGUCACAGAAUAAAUUAGAUUUUAGAAUUAUUUUAUUUAUGAAAGAAAUAGAAUUCCCAUUUUUAAGUCAGGUGUUCCUAGCAAUGCAGCUAAAAAGGACAUUCCAGUCAAAUGAUUUACAUGAAUAAGAGUGUUUCAUCUAAAGGAGAGAAAAACAUUUUUCUUACUUUCGAUAAUAUUAUCUUUAUACAUUUUUUUAUAUUGUACUAUAUAGCAACAAGACUAGAAAAUUCGAUUAAUGUAAAAAAAUUUGUUUCCACUUAAAACAUACCUUAUAUAAUAUUCAGGACGUUAUUCAGAUCAUUUUGAUAACUUAUUGUAUACGCAGACGAUAUCAUGUGCCUUAUUAUAUUUUAAUUAAUUUCAACACUGUUAUAUUACGAAAAUGUAUUAUUAAAAUAUAUGUAAUGUAUUGAAAUAUAUACAAGGUGUCCGAUUUUAAAUAAUGCACCUAAAUAUUUCGAAAAUGAGAUACUUUUAGAAAAGUAGUCGAGCAGAUGAGAGUUAUGCAGUUACAGAGAGACAUAAAAUUACCUUAAUUUUAUUUUAAAUUUUUCCAAGGCUAGAUCAAAGUCAAUUUGAAUUUUUUUCCAAAUGGCACUGUAUU